GUGAGUUCGGUAUAUGAUGUCAUUUUAUGUUAGACAUAAAGCGAGUUUUCUUUAUUUUUCGUACUUUGACUUUUCCCAACAACUUUAACGCACUGAACAAAGCUUGGUUAUUGCUGAUAGUCUGGAGAUAUCAAAAGUCGGUUACCGCACUGACGAGAUUUGAUUUGGAAGCGACAGCCAUUUUGGAGGAAGUAGUCUCAAAAUAUACCGUCACAGACACUGACGUAUAGGAAUAAUCAAAAUGUCAGAAUCUUAUGAUUUCUUGUUCAAGUUCCUGGUGAUCGGCAGUGCUGGGACUGGCAAGUCCUGCAUCCUGCAUCAGUUCAUAGAGAACAAGUUCAAGCAGGACUCGAACCACACGAUUGGAGUUGAGUUUGGAAGCAAGGUGGUCAAUGUUGGUGGAAAAGCAGUCAAGCUCCAGAUCUGGGACACAGCUGGGCAGGAAAGAUUUAGGUCAGUAACCCGCAGUUACUACCGAGGGGCUGCUGGUGCUCUGCUGGUGUAUGACAUAACCAGCCGUGAGACGUACAACGCUCUGACCAACUGGCUGACUGAUGCCCGCACCCUGGCCAGUCCCAACAUCGUCAUCAUCCUGGUCGGCAACAAGAAGGACCUGGAGGCAGACCGUGAAGUCACAUUCUUGGAAGCUAGCCGCUUUGCACAGGAGAAUGAACUUAUGUUUUUGGAAACGAGUGCUCUAACGGGAGAAAAUGUGGAGGAGACUUUCCUGAAGUGUGCACGCUCUAUCCUCACCAAGAUAGAGUCAGGGGAGCUGGAUCCGGAGCGUAUGGGAUCUGGAAUUCAAUACGGGGACGCCUCCCUGCGGCGACUACACCGACAGCAACAAGCCACCAAACGACCUGACUGUGCCUGCUAGUCCCCCCUCACUACUACCUACUCCAACCCGAGGAAGCAGCCCCAAACGGGGAGUGGUACUUUGAGGUGAUGUCAGCCGCCAUACAAGCUCAUUCCAUCUGUCCUCAGACUGUGUGUGUGUGAGUAAGCGCAAGUGUGAAUGUGUGGUUGUGCCAGCGUGAAUGUGCCAGCGUGAAUGUGUUUGUAUGAAUAUGUCUGAAUGGGGUGAAGUAGAACGCAUGACAGUCUCCAUGAAGGAAUAGGUUGUUCUUGGCACAGUGGAAGAGAGUGUUGCUGUGCCCCAGUAGGUCCGACUCAUGUUAUUUUAAGCCUCCAAAGGCACACUCUUCUCGGCUGUUGCGGUGAAAUGGGCCGCUGUUGUAACCACAUUCCAGGAAAACAAGGCAGGAGGCAGGAAAUGAUGGCCUGGACUCAUCUCUUGGAAUCUCGUAAAUGUCAAUGUUUGUUAUCUCAUGAAUGGCUGUGAAUAUUUGUACUCAUGCAACUCUAUCUCUAAUGUAUCUCAGUCUCUGAUAUGUCAUCAGUGGACGGCUCGUAGCUGCCCCCAGUGGACGCUUGACCAGAGAUCUAUCACAAGGAACUACCACAAUCCGUGGUCAUCUCUUUUCUGACUGUCGUUAUCAAAACCUUCUCAGUCACCAGCUGAUCAGUUCAGUAGUGAAGGACAGCCUGAAAUACUUAUUUCACCCAAAUAUUUCAUUGGCACAUUUGUCUCUUGUACAUUGUCAUGGUUUUAAUUGUUUGUUCUCAGAAGGGAAAAUCAUAACUUGUUGGUGAGCAUGGUAGCCAUGUCUGUGAUCCAUGGUUAACCGGAUCCAUAGCAGCUGUUAGGUAGUCAUAGGGCUUAGGGGUUGACAGCAGGGUAGGGAUGGGAGUUGGGGUUAUAGGGUGGGGUUUAGAGGGUAUAGGGCAGGGAGGUUAUAGGAUAGGAUAGAGGUGGGGGUUAGAGGUUACAGGGUAGGGGUGGGGUGUAGAUGUCAACACCACUGAUAGAGUAUAGGGAGUUAGAGUUAGAUAUUCAUUUCUCAAUACAGAUUAUGAUUUAGGUGGCUGGUAAGGCUUCAGGAACAGGUAGACAUAGAAAAAAGGUUACUUUGAGAAAAAACAUAUCAACUGGAGACUUGGUCUAUGAAACAGGAAGGAAACAUGGCUUGCAGAAUGUGACAAUUUAAAACUAGUAUUUGACAAGCCCUUGUUUUCCCAUUGUAAAAAGGUAAUCUAUUUAUGCUGUGAUCCAUGCUGGUGUAUGCGACUGUUGUAGAACAAAGAGUGAGUGUCUGCUUGUGACGACCCUCCCUGUCCUCAGUAGUGUACAGAUAUAUACAGGACUAUCCUACCGUUGAGCUUAAGUGAUGUUGUUCAAGUGCUACUUAUUAUGUAAAUACCCUGUACAUUGUGUUGUGCUGCCUGCAAUGUCCGCCAGCUUGUAGUGGGUGGAUGCCAGACCCUUGCUGGGACAGGUUUGGAGAAAUCAAGUGAAAAUGAAUUGCAGUUCAGUUGUUGAAUCUGUUAAACUGUGUCAGUUGAUGUUGGAUAUGUCGAGUACAUGAGCUAGUGCCAGUUUCAACAUGUAUUACAUUGUUACUUGUAGUCUAGUUGAUAAAGACAAUUUUGGAAUUCUAAGACAUGUCUAAGUUUCAAAGCUUUAUCCAAAAUAUAGGCAAACUGGGGGCUAAAUUAAUUGUGUUAUUUUGUUGUUGAUGUAACCAUGGUAACUGUCUAUUACCAAUGUUACCAGCUAUUAUUCUAUUUCAUAAGAUUUAUAAAAAUUUGGCUCUCAAUAUGUUCACUUAUACUUUGACUUUUUGUGAUUUUAAAGGCUAGGGAUAACCAUGAAUAAGAGUGACAUCUCUGAAUAAAUCUCUCUUGUGGCUUGCCGGGAAGUGACACAUCACCCUUGUUCAGUUGAGUUUAGGAACCUGAUGGGAUGCCAUCUGUUGUUGUUAGAGAUGUGUGUUCCUUAUUGCCAGGUUCAUUUGUGUGCAGACAGAAUGUAGGUCUCAGUGGGUUCUGAAUAAUAUAAUACACCAAGGCUGAAUAAGGUCUUUACAAACAUUAUUAUGACCUUAUACACUCUGAAAAUGGCAUAUACGAACAUGUUAGUAAACUGAUUCUUUACAGACUUCCCCUCUAAUACAGUUAGCUUUGAUACAUGCUUGAAUUUUCGUGAAAUAAUUCCCCUUCGUGAAUGGGUAGUGAACAUUGCAUGGUAUUAUUAAGCUUGCUACCAAUUUGGCCACUGGGAGUCUUACGGAUAAUCGGACAUGUUAGGAGCUAUUACCUAGACAUGCUAGAGCAGGAUGUAACAUGGUAGUGUCAUGUUUUUGUAAAGUGAUUAUGAAUUGAAAUGUGCAAUUAGUAGAAGGCUGAAUCCUUGGUUCUGCCUGGGAUUGUAAGCAUGGUAACCCAGAAGAAGCUCAGGAGCAGCAUAUCGGGCUUCACCUCUGUCAUGUUCCCAUCGCAUGCAUUACCAUGGAGUAGUGACUAUAUCCGCGACAGCCUCCACGCUGUUGAGACACAGAUCUGGCACAAUGGCAGUCUCCCGACAUGGUAGAAAACAGAAGAGGCUGGGAAAUAUUUGAGUAACCCUCGUACAGGCUGUGCACUGUGUCCCAGUGCUAGCUUCUUUCAUGUACACUCAUCAGUAAGACAAAUGUACAACUCUUGCUUGCUACAUCUUGUACAUAGACCUAGUGUACUGCAGUUUUGUAUAGCAUGUGAACAUUUUGUAUUGCAUGUUGUCUCGAUAAGACAACGGCAUCUGUAAAUACACUGGAAUAAAUUCAAUAUAUAAAUAAG